GUGAACUUGAAGAGAUUGGGACUUUUUGGAUGUGAUAGAACGGCGUCGUUAUGGGUCGUCUCUCUUGUCGAACUGGUGAAAACCCUUGAACUUGGGACUGUAACGGGGAAAGCUCCAAAAUCCGACAGAAAACAAUCCUGCUUCUUCACAGAUUGAUUAAUUUAUUUUAUUUUUGAUAAGUUUUCUUCUUGAUUCCGGAGGCAAAAUGACUUCUUUCGUACUGAAAAGAUCAAGGAAACGAUUGUCACUUCUGUCCCAAAACCCUAGAAUCACAACUUGUUACGAGUUCUUCUUCUCUUCACUCUCACAGUCUUGCUAUUCUUCGAAUUCUUAUGCAGAAAGCAUGGUUUCGAAGAAGAACUUUUCUUCGUAUUGGCUUCAAUAUUUCAAAAUCCCAGCUGGGAGGAAUGGAUAUCUCGUCCCUUCAAGCUCUUAUGGGCUACAAUCUCGGUAUUCCUCGAAAUUAAGCACAAAGCACAAGGUUUUGGCUUCUGGGUUUCUCGUUUGGGAUGAAAUUUUUUUUGGGUUUUCUCCACAGUUGCUUCAAACUUUGAAGAACCCAUCUGGUUCCAUUGAUUGCCUUGUCCCCUCCAACUGGUUUGGGUCGCAAUCUCGCCGUUUCUCUGGUUUGGCUCUAAACACGAAAAGGCAAUCUGGGUGUUGUGGAUGUCUCGUCCCUAGGCGCUGGUCUCGCUCAUUUGGUUCUCAGGCCGCCGUUGAACCCUCAACCUCUGAUGGCCUCACGGUGGAUAGAAUUAUUGCUAAUCAGUGGACAAUACUUGAUGAGAGCGAGAAUGAUUGGAAAAGUCAUGCUGCCGCAAUUGCUCAGUCCAUUCAUUUAAUCAAGAAGCGCUUACAGUGGAAGGAAUUGGUAGUAAGGUUGGAGCUGCUAUCAGCGCAGCUGAAUAAGCCUGAUAUUUGGGAUGAUCCUGUUCAUGCUGGGAAGCUAAGUCGUGAGCAUGGCUCACUAAUGGGUAAAAUGAAGGAGGUGAAAGCUUUUGAGCAAGAAUUACUAGAGCAUAUUGACAUGCUGAAGCUUGCUCGUGAGGAAAAUGAUGCAGAGCUGGAAUUGGAAUCCCUGAAAGCUUUGCUUAGGAUGAGAAGAGAUUCGAAAGAGAGAGAACUUGAUGCUUUGUUAGCUGGAGAGCAGGAUCCUUGCUCUUGUUACAUAGAGGUUCAAGCUGGAGCUGGUGGUACUGAGAGCAUGGACUGGGCUUCAAUGGUCAUGCAAAUGUAUAAAAUGUGGGCGCAACACCAUGGAUAUGGAGUCUCUGUGGUGGAUGAAAUGCCCGGUGAGAUUGCAGGAAUCAAGCGGGCAACAAUUAAAGUAGACGGUGAAUAUGCAUUUGGAUAUGCCAAAGCAGAAAUAGGAGUCCAUAGAUUGGUGCGAAUUUCACCAUUCGACAGUGGAAAGCGCCGGCAUACUUCGUUUGCCGCUGUUGCUGUAAUCCCAAUACUGGGGGAUGCAUUUUCCCAUGUACAAAUUAAUGAAUCUGAUCUUCGGAUUGAGCGUUUCCGUUCGGGGGGAUCAGGUGGCCAGCAUGCUAAUACGACUGAUAGUGCUGUAAGAAUUGUUCAUAUUCCUACUGGAAUCACUGCUACUUGUCAAAAUGAAAGGUCGCAACAUCAAAAUAAAGCUUCAGCAAUGGCUGUGCUCCAGUCUCGAUUAGACCAGCAUGAGAUGGCUCGCCAGGCUCAGUUGAAUGCACAACACACACAGUCCCUUACUGAGAUCAGUUGGGGCAACCAAAUACGGAGUUAUGUGCUACAUCCUUAUCAGAUGGUGAAGGAUCUUCGAACCAACUACGAGGUCUCAGAUCCUGAUUCCGUACUUGAGGGAGACCUUGAUGGCUUCAUCUUGAGCUACUUAUCAGCUUCAAUGGAUACAGAUGAUGGCCUGUGAAGUAGUUGUCAAGAAUUUGGGCAUCUCUUUUGUGGGCCAAAAAGCUGCAGUGACAACCCCCAUGGUGAAGUGCAUGAAGUGCUCUCAAUGGACAUGUGGUGCACAUGCCUUAUGUAAUUUAGUUGGAAGGAUGAGAGGUUUCAUCUCCAUUUCUUAUCAAUUGUGUUUGUAAAGAUGUAUUAUUCUUUGGCAUCAAGUUUUGGCACCACCCGCAGCUGUAACAUUUUAAUGUUUCUCACUAAUAUUCUUUGUUAGAGAAAAAAAUAAAAGAAACAAGAGAGAAGCUAGAGGGGCUGCAUUGCAUUAUAUAUAUAUAAAGGAUUUCCUA